CGAUUUGUUUUAUAAAUUUAGCGAACUCAGACAUUUUAGAUUGUCUUGUCAUUUAAAAACAGUGUAGAGAGUUAGACGUGUCCAUAAAUCUGAGCGUUUUAGUUGUAGUUGUCGUUGUAUAAUUGCGUCGUUAAGACCGUUAAGACUGAUAAUUACCUAUAUGCAUACUUCAACUGACAUAUUUCUGUUUGAAAGUCAUAUAGUUGUAUUGAUGUGUCAUGAUAAUACAUAGCUAAGGAUUAGACGUUAUGUUUGUGUGAGUCAACAUGGUACAAACAGCUAAGCUUAAAGCCACUUGAGAUUGAUGGUAAACACUCUGCAGCGCUACUUCCUGAGUUUAGGGAAGGGGCUUGGUCCCGUGCCUGCGCCCCCGUGAACGCGCAUCAAAUUAGCAUCGAUGAAGUUUGUGCGAACAUGGCGGAUUUCCUGCCGACCAGGUCCGUGUUAAAAGUUUGUCUACCUGUCUGCCUGCUCAACACCGGCGAGGUAGAACAGGUCCGAAAGUCCAAAGAGAUCGACAGAUGUCUCUCCCGGGAGAAAACGUACGUGAAACGGCUGGUGAAGAUCCUGCUGCUCGGCGCUGGCGAGAGCGGCAAGUCGACUUUCCUCAAACAAAUGCGGAUCAUCCACGGCCAGGACUUCGACCAGCAAGCCCGUGAGGACUUCAAAGGCACAAUUUACAGCAACGUAAUCAAAGGUGUACGUGUGUUGGUGGACGCCCGGGAGAAGCUGCACAUCCCAUGGGGUGACCCGGAUAACAGCCGGCAUGGGGACACCAUGAUGGCGUUCGACACCCGGUCGGCUAAGGUGACCAGCGGGCAGCUGGAGCAGUCCGUCUUCCUGCAGUACAUGCCUGCCAUCAAAGCUCUGUGGGAGGACUCAGGUAUACAGAAUGCAUACGACCGCCGCAGGGAGUUUCAGCUGGGUGAGUCAGUGAAGUAUUUCUUGGAUAAUCUGGAUAAGCUUGGCGAGCCGGAUUAUCUUCCCUCUCAACAGGACAUCCUGCUGGCCCGUAAACCCACCAAGGGCAUCCACGAGUAUGACUUUGAGAUCAAGAACGUUCCCUUCAAGAUGGUGGACGUGGGAGGGCAGCGGUCGGAGCGGAGGCGCUGGUUUGAAUGCUUCGACUCGGUCACCUCCAUCCUCUUCCUCGUCUCUUCCUCCGAAUACGACCAGGUGCUAAUGGAGGACAGGCAGACCAACCGGCUGCGUGAAUCGCUCAACAUCUUCGAGACCAUUGUGAACAACCGCGUCUUCGUCAACGUUUCCAUCAUCCUCUUCCUCAACAAGACGGACCUGCUGGAGGAGAAGGUGAAGAGCGUUCCGCUCAAGGACUACUUUCCUGAAUACACCGGGCCGGAGCACAGUCUGCCGGACAUCCAGGGGUUCAUGGUGGAGUGCUUCCGAACCAAGAGACGCGACGCCACCCAGAAGCCCCUGUACCACCACUUCACCACGGCCAUCAACACGGAGAACAUCAGGCUGGUGUUCCGGGACGUCAAGGACACCAUCCUCCAUGACAACCUCAAACAGCUCAUGCUCCAAUGACCCCUGUAAACCUGUGAAAAUAGAGGACCUGAAUGGGGACAAACCACCCCCUCGCUCCUGACGACGGGAGAGACCAGCCCUAGAAGAAUCCGAUAGACGUCAGCAUUCUUCUUCAGCCGUUUUUAUAUUAGUUUUUACUCUCCUCUUUGAAGAGUUGGCCUUCUUGUUAGUACAGGGUUUGGUAGGGGAACGAGUCAGUAGGAGAGACUGUGGUGAUUUAAAAAAAAUAACAGCUGUUGACAGCAUCUGAUCUUUGCAGCUUCGUCUUGAGACUCUCCUCUGACCUGAGCGCUGCCUUACAGCACAAGACUGUCUGGGCCUUUUCAACUCACAAGGUGCCGGUGCUGGCGCCGAUGUCAGUGCCUGGCUGUGGAAACCAGCAAAACAUUUUACAAAUCGGGCAUAUGGUCUCUGAACCAGAUAUCCAACUUACCACUCAACACAUACAGAAAUGGUGAAAUAAGUACUUUUUAACAUGUAAGCAGAUGACAGUUAGAUGGUGAAAAUGCAUCAAGAUAAGCUGUGCAAGAGUUGAUUUGUCUUGUGUCCAAGCACUGAAUUAAUUUAGUCCAAAAUCACUCCAUUAUUUGUGUUGCACUCUCCAGUGCUGCUUUGUGAACGUUGUUUCGAAGCCCCUGUAGUUUAUAGAAGGUUUUGUCAACUUGCUGAUGAUCUGGAGACUGCACAAUUGUUCUUUUUUAUUUCCUUUUCAUAUUGCAGCACCGUUCCUCCCUCUUCCCGUCCUAGUCAGGUUGACAGUGCCGACGUAGAGCCAGUUUUUGCCGCGACAAGGUCCAGUUCUUUGAUGAUGCAAAACACUCGGAACGGUUAAAUAUUUGAUGUAGAAAGUGGCUCCAGCACUGGCACCUCUCCUAUGGAAAAAUGUUAGAAAAAUGCGAGACUGAACCUGUAAUGCCUUUUCAUUUGUCUUAAGGAGACCUAAUCACUGUUUAAAUCCUGCGUUUGUGCCUGUUUAUCUGUAGAAUUAAAGUCUUAGCUGUCUUAAACAAAUAAGUAAGUUUCCGUGCAAGUUGUCCUAUAUUUUUGGUUGUUUAAAGAAAAUUACCUUCAUUGGCACAUUAGGCAGGUGUGCCCGCAAGUGAACAUGCAGUCCACUGUUUUCUCAGGGUUGAAUCAAAACCAGCAUUAAUGCUGAUGUCAUUGUUGGUGAAUUUACUGAAUAAUCUCAUUUUUAUCUUGGUGACAGAGCAGUGAGACUCAGACAGGCCUCAGUACAGUUAGCUGGGUGGGAUUUGGUACUGUAUCCUCCUGGCUUUGACCCCUGAACAUUGACCCAAAAUCCCCCUCUCUCUCUCUCUCUCUCUCUGUUUUCAUCUGUUAUUGGAUGUCUUGUAAAGGGACAGACCUCCUCUGUUUGCCUGAAUAAUGAAUGUCUGUUAAUAGAUGUACAGAUGUUUGCUCUGGAUCGUCUGAAUAUACUGUAACCAAUAUUGUUAUGGUAAGAUACAGAUGUAACCUGUCAUGUGGGAAUAUCUGUGUUAGCAGUCUCUGAAAACUCAAUCUUGUGCUGUUUAGGACUUCCCUUUUAAAAAUAUAUUUUGAAAUUGUAGGAAAAAUUUAACAAAAAGGCUACUGGAAUACUUUUGUCAGAGACUGUAGGGGGGUAAUCUUUUGUUCAAGGACAACUUCCAGGCACUGUUCAAAUUUAUUUCUCUGCCAAAUCACCCCAUUCUUUCCUGGGACUGUUCACAUCGAACGUCUAGUAGUAUUUCCCCUAAAAAUAAAGCUCCCGUGAGCUUCAGUUUGCUUCCAGUUCUGGCUUUGUGUACAUACUGUAAUCUGUUGCCAUGUAAAUAAUAUUCAGGUUUAUCUCCGUAUAUGUAAAUGUUUUUUCCCCCAUCCUGAAUGUGUUUCUAAUCACUGCUUUUUUCCAAUGAAGAUGACCUUUUGAUGUAGAUGUAUUUUUGUGUAAUUUCUUCCAUCACCUUUUUGAAAUUAAUUCCUGUGCCAAGUCUCAUGCCACUCUAACCCUAUCAAUAAAAUACACUUUUCUAAUGAAA